GCGCCAGGGAGAUGCAGCGUGUGUGCCUUUCUAUGGGUGAAAAGUCGCGAUACUGCCAUUUAAUCACUGUUGUUUUCUCGUUUCGAAUGUUUGACCGAUGUGCUGUGCAUCUGUAGCACUUAUCAGAGUUGCAGUAGUACGCUUGAAUGCUUGUGGCCAGUGGACCAUUUCAGACUUGUUUUGGAGAGGUUUUUGCUACAAUUGUAUCCGUUGAGGGAGUAGGACAUCAUGUUCCACGAAGACAGUGUUUAGCACGUUUAGCUAUAUUCUUGCAAGAAGGAGAACAUAACAGUACAAUACAAAAUGUAAAAAUAUUUGCAAUCUUGCAGCUUGCAACUUAUCAGUUUUCUGCAGGUUCAGCACCAUCAAAGUUGCACAGUGCACUGAAUGCAGAAUUCAGCAACUUGGAUUGAAUGUAUGCAUGGAUUGAGAUAUGAGGAUACUAAACAUUCUGCGUGCCAACAGCACAUCAAUGCAGUUGUGAUUAUAUUUCCAUUUCAUAUGCAAUAUGAUUGGUCAUAUUAAAGAUAAUUGUAUUGAUAGUGAUGGUUUUAGUUAUCUGCAGCGCAAUUCUAAGCAGCCCAUUCAACAGUUUGAAUUUGUUAAUUCACCCAGACGCAUAACGGUGGAUCCGCGUGGUUUUAGCUCGUUAGAACUCAUAGGCAGCAUCCACAACCUUUCCUUUGAUUUAUUUUCACGACGUGUUGGUCCCAGUGUGUGUCCCUGUGCCGUGGAAAGCCCUCAGGCGUUUGCUUGCUCUCCUGCUGCGGUAGAGGCCCUGUCAUGGCAGCCUUCAAGGGGAUAUGGACCCAGGAGUUCUGGCGGUGCGUGGGGGCGGAGUUCCUGGCCAUGCUGAUCUUUGUGCUCCUGAGUCUGGGCUCCACCAUCAACUGGGCCGCCGGCGAGGAGAGUCCGCCCCCUCCGGACCUGGUGCUGAUCUCGCUGUGCUUCGGCCUGAGCAUCGCCACCCUGGUGCAGUGCUUCGGGCACAUCAGCGGCGCUCACAUCAACCCGGCCGUCACGGCCGCCAUGGUGGUCACCCGCAGGCUCAGCCUGGCCAAGGCCGUCUUCUACCUGGUGGGGCAGUGUCUGGGCGCCGUGGUGGGAGCGGCCGUCCUCUACGGGGUCACCCCGGCCUCGGUCAGGGGCGGCAUGGGCGUCACCACGGUGAACGCCGACAUCUCUGUAGGCCACGCUCUGGUCGUGGAGCUCUUCAUCACCUUCGAGCUGGUCUUCACCGUCUUUGCCACCUGUGACCCCAAACGCGAUGACCUCAGAGGCUCCUCCGGCCUGGCGAUCGGCCUGGCGGUGUGCAUCGGACACCUGUUUGCCAUUCCGUACACUGGUGCCAGCAUGAACCCGGCCCGCUCCUUCGGUCCUGCCAUGGUCACCUGGAGCUGGGAGAACCACUGGGUGUACUGGGUGGGUCCAGUGCUGGGCGGGGUCCUGGCGGCAGGCCUGUACGACUACCUGUUCUGCCCCGACCCGGAGCGGAAACGGCGCUACGCCGAGGCGCUCUCCAAGACCUCCUUCCCCUCCGCCAAGUACCACGAGGUCCAGGCCUCCCUCGCCGCCGCCGAGCGCCACCAGCUGGCCGCUGAGCGCACCUUCACGGUCAUGGACGUGGAGCGCGCCGAGCGGAAGGAGAGAGAGGAGAGGGAGAGACAGAGGGAGGCGUCGGGGGAGGUGCUGUCCUCUGUAUGACUAGUGCGGUGCACUGGGAGGGAAGACCAGACUGCUGUACAGACCGCUGACCCGUAUCCAGCCCUCAAAGAGACCGACCUCUUGUAAAGAGACUCCCCGGCUCUCAUCAACAGACUGAUCAUCUACAGACUGAACUACAGACUAGAUUCCGACGUAACUCCAAUUGAACCCGAUUGUAGAACCUCCUAGAUUGGGCCCGUUGUAACAGGCCUUACUGACCUACUUGGAAUUCCCACACACACACCGUACUUGCUGUAGAGGUAAACACAGACCGGCUAGUCUGUGGAGAGGUCAGAGGGGACAAACUGAAAAUGAACUUUUGAGCUGAUCGAGGAGGGAGUGCGGAGGUCAUGUUUGUAGGAGGGGUUCAGACGGCGAUGGAAGUCUGUCUGUCUGCUAGUGAACUCACAUCGCAUACUUUUUUCUCAGUGCACGAGGCCAGAGAUUGCACCUUUUUUACUGGUUUAGCAUGGGGUGCUCAGGGAUGUCCUGGUAUUGUCCCUGUAUCUAA